UCAUAAGGGAAAGAAAAGCCUAUAUGGCUCAAUCAUCUUUCCAGUUCUAUACCAAGGCAGGUAUCGGUGUGGUUUCAAUGUCUUUUACUCAGUUCUCACUCACAGAUAUAACAAACACUCCUUACACGUGCAAUAUUCUACAACCCAAUUAAACCCUUUGGAUCUUCAAUCCAUUCACAACAAAAUGGAAACUGUUUGUCUCCAGUGUGGCAAUAGAGGCUUACCAGAGGCAUUGGUUUUUUGCACCGAGUGUAAGGCUUAUGCGCUGCAUAGGUACUGUUUAAAGGGGCCUGUGAUUUUUACUGGUGAUGUUACAUGGUUUUGUGAGGAUUGUGCAACAAAGCUAGGAGUGCCACCUUCUCUUGACCAAUCUACACCUCUCCCAUUUGAAACAAAAGAGUCUGUAGUUUUGAAAAACAAUGCAAUCCAUGCCACGAGAAAAGUAGAACAUUGCACAGAGAGAGUGAAGAAACGCAAUAAACAGCAAAAAAAGAAUAUUAAAAAGAAGCAGAAGAAAGGAAUAGUUAAUUCUGACUUAGUUGCUAAAACAAAGGGCGUGUUAUCUGAUAGUCACAGUUUACCUGAGCUUGAACAUCCUCAAUGUACCAUCAACUGUGAAGAAGAAAGUGAGGUAAAAAAUGAGUGUGGACCACCUCCAAGGGAUGUAGCUAAUUCUGAUGUAGGUUUCAAAUCUGUUCCAGUUUCUCAAGGAGUUACCAAUAACGAUUCAGGGUGUGUAGUAUUAGAUGGUCAUGUUGAUGCACAGCCUAUUAUUGAUCCAAUCUGGAGGGGAAGUAUGUACUUCUGUGAUGAAACUAUUGGUACUGUUAGUGGACUUCUGGUCCAUUUGUCCAAUUUAGCAUGCUCCAAAGUUGUGGAGGAGACAGAACAUUUACCAGAGGUGCUUCAUUCGGAAUUGCUUCCCAGAUCUAUGGUGUGGCCUGAAAGUUUCAAGAGCGAGGGGACAACUGAUAAGAGCAUUGCGCUAUUUAUCUUUCCUGACAGUGAGGGAGCCGAAAAGGUCUUUGACGCGCUGGUUGAUGAUAUCAUUGACUUUGAACUUGCCAUAAGAGUUGUAGCUAAAAAUUCAGAGCUCUUAAUUUUUCCUUCUAUCAUGCUUCCAAUCCAUUAUUGGAGAUUUGAAGCUAAGUAUUAUUUGUGGGGUGUCUUCAGAAGAAAGCGAACUUCAGAUUAGACAAAUGAUGCUGUGUGCAGAGAUUGACAAGGCUCUUAAGUAACUUGACAUAACCAUUGUCCAUCUAACUUCUUUAAGUAAUAGUGGUAGCUAUUAUUCUAAUGCAUAGUACUCCCCUGCUUCUAGUCACUUAUACAUCAAUCAUAUAUAUACAUGCAUGAUGGGAAUUUUGAGUGAAUAGAGUGUGAUGAAAGCAAGAGUUGGGAUCGCUGGCACUGUUACCCUUUUUGUGACUUCAUUGUCCUGGUGAGAUGCUUACAUUUACAUAAAUGUUCCAAAAACCCUGUAAAACUGUGUCCACAGGGUUACCUUUUUUUUGUUUUUUUUUGUUUUGUUUUUUUUUUUCAUUUUCUCACCAAGUCUUUGAUUGUGGAAAGCAUUGUGGCGUUUGUUCAACAGCCACGGUGCUAGUUUUCUAUAAUCUUGGUCUACCUAUAAUGUUAGUUUUUUAUCAUCACGUUUUACUUAUAUUUCAGGAAGGAUUGGACGUGUAACUUACAAUUCUUUUGUUCAAUGCAUAAUACAAGAAUGUGCUUAAA